UAUUUGAAGACAAAUACUCCGUACAAAAUAAAUACGGUUGGCUGUCAAAAAAAAAAAAUACUGAGUAAAAGUAUAAAAUCCGACUGCCCCUCUUAUUUCCUCAAGUUGGUUGAUAAACCCUAAUAAUCCCAAAACCCUGCAAGUUCUCUACUCCUCAAGUUGUUUUGUUGAAGACUUGAAGUUCCUCUUCUGAAGCUCUCUACUCCUCAAGUUCCCUGGUCAGUGCUCAGUCACCGAGUCACGACACAAGUUCUUCUCGGCGACCUGACGGAGUGACGGUGUUCAGGGGAUGCUCACUGUUCUCGGCCUCCAACUCCUCCAAGGCUCCAAUUAAGUAUACGUUGCGCUACCCUUGUCUCCAAAUCCUGGAUCCGCCACAGCUGCAAGCUCCAAAUUUUGGAAAAUUCCUCUGAUAAUUAUUAAUCUGCCAUAACAAUGGAGGUUGAAGGAGAUAAAGAGAUGGAUAAUGGGAACAGUGUGAUGUGUCAGUUGGCAGACCCAGAAGGCAAUCCACUUGGAACUGCCAUGUAUCUUCCUCAAAACGCUGGCCCUAAAGAACUUCAACAAAUCGUCAAUACCCUUCUCAACAAUGAAGAUAAACUACCAUAUGCGUUCUAUAUAUCAGAUCAUGAGCUGCUUGUUGAACUGGGAAACUAUUUACAGAAAAAUAAAGUAUCUGUGGAGAAGGUUGUUCAAAUAGUUUAUCAGCCUCAAGCAAUUUUCCGCAUCCGUCCUGUUAAUCGUUGUUCUGCUACAAUAGCUGGUCAUACUGAAUCUGUGCUUUCAGUCGCAUUUAGUCCUGAUGGCCAACAGUUAGCCAGUGGAUCGGGUGACACUACUGUUAGACUGUGGGACAUAGCUACUCAAACACCAAUGUUCACUUGUACAGGACACAAAAAUUGGGUACUCUGCAUAGCAUGGUCCCCUGAUGGUAAAUAUCUAGUCAGUGGUAGCAAGGCAGGAGAGCUUCAGUGUUGGAAUCCUCAGACAGGAAAACCAUCAGGAAGCCCACUUACGGGGCACAAAAAAUGGAUUACUGGUAUAUCUUGGGAACCAGUACACCUUCAAUCUCCAUGUCGCCGGUUUGUAAGUUCUAGCAAAGAUGGUGAUGCACGUGUAUGGGAUGUAACACUUAGUAAAAUUGUCCUGUGCCUGAGUGGGCAUACACUGGCUGUAACAUGUGUAAAGUGGGGUGGAGAUGGUUUCAUCUAUACUGGCUCUCAGGAUUGUACCAUAAAAGUUUGGGAAACUAAACAAGGGAAGUUAAUUCGUGAGUUGAAGGGCCAUGGACAUUGGGUCAAUUCUCUGGCACUCAGUACCGAGUAUGUCCUUCGGACUGGAGCUUUUGAUCACACAGGAAAGAAGUGUUCUUCCCCAGAGGAAAUGAAAGAGGUUGCUUUGGCUAGAUACAACAAAAUGAGAGGUGAUGCUCCAGAGAGACUGGUUUCAGGUUCUGAUGAUUUCACCAUGUUUCUAUGGGAACCUUCUGUAAGCAAGCACCCAAAAGCUCGAAUGACAGGUCAUCAGCAGCUUGUGAAUCAUGUUUACUUUUCUCCUGAUGGGCAAUGGGUGGCAAGUGCUUCAUUUGAUAAAUCCGUUAAGUUGUGGAAUGGUGUUACGGGGAAAUUUGUUGCUGUUUUUCGGGGUCAUGUUGGGCCUGUUUAUCAAAUAAGUUGGUCUGCAGAUAGCAGACUCCUAUUGAGCGGUAGCAAGGACUCCACGCUAAAGAUAUGGGAUAUCAGAACGCAGAAGCUGAAACAAGACCUUCCAGGCCAUGCAGAUGAGGUUUUUGCUGUGGAUUGGAGUCCAGAUGGUGAGAAGGUGGCAUCUGGUGGCAGGGAUAGAGUAAUGAAAUUGUGGAUGGGCUAGAUCCAGACUUGUUGAGCUUGCUGCAGGCUUGAAGAGCUAGAAUUCUGAUGGCGUUAACCAUUGCAGGACAACAUGUUUUUAUCAUUGCCUAGCAUUUGGCAUUUGAUGCGCAAAAAUUAGUUACAAGAUCUGCUGCCACAAGUAUCGCAGGCAUUCUCUCCUCUAUUCUUUUGACAUUCUUCAUACAAUACUAGUUUUGUAGUUUCAACUUUUCCCUGUUUCUUCAAGUAGGUCUUAUUAAAUUUAUCCCAUUUAUAUACUUUGUUUUUGCUAGGUAGAACAUGUACAAGGAUAUUUUUUUCAAAUUUGUAGUUGCUUAUGAGUCAUAUAAUGUCGCAAAUAUAUUUCCAGUGAUUUAAAAUGAACUAAAUACUGCUGUAGAGCCUAUAGUACACUAGUAGAGAGAUUGGUACCAUUUUUGGAUGUAAAGCUAUAAUUUUUUUCCCCCUGUA